AUGUCCAAAUCGUACUUCAUCUCAGGUGGUAACCGUGGUAUCGGAUUCGCUCUUGUCAAGUUGCUUAGCUCCGAAUCGUCAAACAUCGUAGUUGCCGGUGCCCGUAAUGUGGGAGGCGCCACCGAAUUGAAAAAAUGGGCCGAUUUGCAUAAAAACGUAAAGAUUGUGUCGUUGGACGUUUCCACUGCAGAAAGCAACGAAGAGGCUGCCAAAGAAACCGCUCGUAUUUUGCCAGACGGGCUUGACGUACUGGUCGCCAAUGCAGGUAUCAUGAAGUCUUCUGGACCUCUUUUGGGCAACAGUGACGAAUCAUUCCUGGAACAGUUCACAGUUAACACUUUGGGGCCUAUCAGGCUCCUUCGCGCUUUCAAAUCUUUGCUGGACAGAAAGGCGACCAAACAAUUUGCUGUUAUUUCUUCUGUGGGAGGUUCUUUGACCAGUAACCUCACUUUACCGUUUUCGACCUCCGGCUACGGUGUUUCGAAAGCUGGAAUUAACAUUGCAAUGAUCAAUCUGAACAAAGAACUGGGCCCAGAGGGAUACAAGAUCGUGGUUGUGCACCCAGGUUUUGUAAGCACCGAUAUGGGUAACACGGCCUUGAACGAUAAAGAGCUUAUGGAAACACUUGGGGAUGCACUCAAGAAUUUCCCACCUAUCACGCCCGAAGAGUCGGCAGAAGCUAUCAGCAAGAACAUCUUAGAGAAAUUGCCAGAAGUUGCAGGCAAGUUCAUCUCCUACAAUGGAUCUGAAAUUCCAUGGUAA